AUGGAGACGGGCCCGGCGCCCCUGGUGGCCCCGCCGCGCCGUCAUGGCGCCCCUGCGGCCCCCUCGCCGCCGCCACGGGGUUCCCGGGCCGGGCCCGUCGUGGUGGUGGCUCCGGGACCGCCAGUGACUACGGCCACUUCGGCCCCCGUCACCCUGGUGGCCCCCGGGGAGGCUCGGCCCGCCUGGGUCCCGGGCCAGGCCCUGACCGUCCCGGGAAGCACGGUGGUGGUGCUAACUUUGGAGGCCUCGCCUGAAGCCCCGGAGUCUCAGGUCCCCUCCGGCUCGGAGUCCUCCGUGCCGGCGGCCGUGGCAGAAGCCGAGACGUCGGCAGCUCCGGCCUCAGGGGUGGACGCUCCGAAGACGGAAGAGACUCGAACCUCACCUGUCCCAGGACCGGGGACUCCUACCGGGACCCCUACCAGGACCCCUUCCAGAAUGGCUCCUGGGGCUCUGGCCGCCAAACCCCCGCUUGCCCCCAAGCCGGGAACCACAGUGGCCUCAGGAGUGACUGCACGGGGUGCAGCAGAACAGGUGACAAGUGGACAUGGAGCUGCAACAUCAGCAUCAGCAGGACAGGCUCCUGAGGACCCCUCAGGGCCUGGCACAAGCGCUCCAGAGACCGGUGAGGCUCUGAUGGCUGUCGUGACGGUGACCCCAGCUCCGGAGCCGGCUGAGAACUCGCAAGACCUGGGCUCCACGUCCAGUCUGGGGCCUGGCAUCUCUGGGCCUCGAGGACAGGCCCCGGACACUCUGAGCUACUUGGACUCCGUGAGCCUCAUGUCCGGAACCUUGGAGUCCCUGGCAGAUGAUGUGAGCUCUAUGGGCUCAGACUCCGAGAUAAACGGGCUGGCCCUGCGCAAGACGGACAAGUAUGGCUUCCUCGGGGGCAGCCAGUACUCGGGCAGCCUAGAGAGCUCCAUUCCUGUGGAUGUGGCUCGGCAGCGGGAGCUCAAGUGGCUGGAGAUGUUCAAUAAUUGGGAUAAGUGGCUGUCACGGCGUUUCCAGAAGGUGAAGCUGCGCUGCCGGAAGGGGAUCCCCUCCUCCCUCAGAGCCAAGGCCUGGCAGUACCUGUCUAAUAGCAAGGAACUUCUGGAACAGAACCCGGGCAAGUUUGAGGAGUUGGAACGGGCCCCUGGGGACCCCAAGUGGCUGGAUGUGAUUGAAAAGGACCUGCACCGCCAGUUCCCAUUCCACGAGAUGUUUGCUGCUCGAGGGGGGCAUGGGCAACAGGACCUGUAUCGAAUCCUGAAGGCCUACACCAUCUAUAGGCCUGAUGAGGGCUACUGCCAGGCCCAGGCCCCAGUGGCUGCAGUGCUGCUCAUGCACAUGCCUGCUGAGCAAGCCUUUUGGUGCCUGGUACAAAUCUGCGACAAGUACCUCCCAGGUUACUACAGUGCAGGGCUGGAGGCCAUUCAGCUGGAUGGAGAAAUCUUUUUUGCGCUCUUGCGCCGGGCCUCCCCACUGGCACAUCGGCAUCUGCGGAGGCAGCGAAUUGACCCCGUGCUCUACAUGACAGAGUGGUUUAUGUGCAUCUUUGCCCGUACCCUGCCCUGGGCUUCAGUGCUACGUGUCUGGGACAUGUUUUUCUGCGAAGGCGUUAAAAUUAUCUUCCGGGUGGCCCUGGUUUUGCUGCGACACACGCUGGGCUCAGUGGAGAAGCUGCGCUCCUGCCAAGGCAUGUAUGAAACCAUGGAGCAGCUGCGCAACCUGCCCCAACAGUGCAUGCAGGAGGACUUCCUGGUACAUGAGGUAACCAACCUCCCAGUGACAGAAGCACUGAUUGAGCGGGAAAAUGCAGCCCAACUAAAGAAGUGGCGGGAAACACGGGGAGAGCUGCAGUAUCGCCCUUCACGGCGACUACAUGGCUCCCGGGCCAUCCACGAGGAGCGCAGGAGGCAGCAGCCACCCCUGGGUCCCUCCUCUAGCCUACUCAGCCUCCCUGGCCUGAAGAGCCGAGGUUCCCGGGCAGUUGGAGGGGCCCCCUCCCCACCCCCUCCUGUCCGCAGGGCCAGUGCUGGGCCUGCCCCUGGGCCCAUGGUCACCGCUGAGGGACUGCACCCUUCCCUUCCAUCACCUACUGGCAACAGCACCCCCCUGGGUCCCAGCAAGGAGACCCGACGGCAAGAGAAGGAGAGACAGAGACAGGAAAAGGAGCGAGAAAGGCAGGAGAAGGAACGGCAAAAGUGGGAAAAAGAACAAGAGAAAGAACAGCAGAAGCAAGAGAAGGAGCGGCAGAAGCAGGAGAAAGAGCGGCAGAAGCAGGAAAAGGAGCGGGAGAAGGAGCGGCAGAAGCAGGAGAAAAAGGGCCAAGGCCGGAAGCUUUCCCUGCGUCGAAAGGCAGAUGGGCCCCCAGGGCCCCAUGAUGGUGGGGACAGGUCCUCAGCAGCUGAGGCCCGGCAGGACGCUUAUUUCUGACCUCUGCCUGGGGCUGGACUGCAUGGCCCCCCUCCUUUUCCCUCAGCCAAGAACAGGCAGGGCUUGGGGUCCUCCCUCAGCCCCAUUGGCAGGCUGCCCCUCUUUCUGAGGAAGGUGGCUUGAUUUCCCACUCCUUGCCAGCUGCUGAUUCUUACACAGCCCGGACAGCCACAGUGCAUGGGGCAGCUGUACUUCCUGGGGUAGCCGUGACCAAGUCUGGAGCCACUUGUCUCCAGUUAGGCCCAGCUGGGGUCUCUGUCACUCCUGCCAAUUCCCUCUAGGGUUCCCUCCCAGGUGCUGUCCUAACUGGCCUCUUGUCACCAUAGGGGUGACUCUUGGUGGUGGCAGUCAGCAUUUGCAGAUUCUUUACACUCCAGUGGCUCCCAUCAUCCAUGAGGUGGAGCUGGGUUCCUUUUUCCUUCUUCAGCCCUGCCGGUCUCCCCCACUGCCUUUUGGGAGGCCAAGGCUCUCCUUGCUUUACUUCUGGACAUCUCUGUGUUGUACUUACGUACAGAGCAUCAGGUCAGGCAGGGGCAGGGUGUUCACUUUGUCCUUUGGUUUUCCUUCCAUAGUGCUGCUGCACUCUGGUUUAUUUAAGGGGACACGCACUGAAAUAGGAACUGUCCUCCGCUUUCCCUCCACCCUUGUCCUGCUCUUUCUCCUCACCCACCUGCUCUGCAUUCUCAGGCCUCUGCUUUGUCUCACAAGGACCCCACCUUUCAUCUUCCAACUCUUAAGCCCCCUCUCUGAGUAAGGGUCCUCCCAAGUCCAGGGAAUGGAACCCAAUGUUUACAUUCUCUUCUGUCUCAGCCCCAUCCCAUGCGGCGCUUUGAGGAACCGGAAAAAGAACAUGCCGUUGUACCUGGGCCU